GUUCUCCGCGACCAUCGAGGUCCGCAAGGAGGGCAGCACGGCGGGCACGUCGGACAUCUACUACUACGACGGCGGCGGCCGCCGCUUCCGGAGCCGCGCGGAAGUCGCGCGCGCCCUGGGCCUCGCGCCCCUGAGCGGCGGGCCCGGGCAGCGCACGAAGGCCAAGGACGCCGCGCCCGCCAGGGCGACGGAGGCGUCGCGCCAGCGCGCGCGGCGCCUCGAGGCCAAGCUCGAGAAGGCGCUGGACCGCCACGCGCGGCGUGCGGGCGCGUCCUGCGGCGGCGGCGGCGGCGACGACGCCGCGCUCGACCCGGCCGCCGCGCCGGACCUCGCGGCGCUCGGCCGCGCGGCCGGCGGCGCCGGCGGGGCGCCGGCGGCGGGCGCGGGCGACGUCUCCCACGUCCUCGCGGCCUGGCACUUCCUCGCCACGUUUGCCAACGAGCUCGGCCUCGGGCUCUCCCACGGCGCGGUCUACGACGACGAGAUCGCGGGCGACGACGGCGGCGCGGGCGCGGACGCGGCGCGCCGCGCGGCCGCGCGCAAGGACCGCGCCGUCCUCCGCGCGGGGCCGACGGAGCUCGCGCGGCGC